UUGCUCUGCUCUGCUUUUACUUCUUGUCUUACCAUUACCUCUCCUUUUACCUUGUAUACAAUACUUCAACUAGUUUCAAAUGGCUUCAAAACCAUCACAUUUCUCAUUAGAUAUUAGCAAGUUAAACUUUGUUCUAAAAGUGUUGAAGCACUACAAGUUUCCUGAAGCAAGAUGGCUUGAAUUUGGAUUGAAUCUUGGUCUCCUUCAUCCUACACUGAAAGCUAUUGAGUCAGCUAAUAAGGAAGAUCCUUCAAAUUGCCUGAUGGAAUGUUUAGCCAAGUGGUUGACUGAAGGCUCUGAUCAUACUCUUGUAUGGCAGACACUGGCUAAUGCACUCAAUGAAAUGAAUCUAGUAUCCAUUUCUACUGAUAUUCGUAAAACAAUGGCAGAUCCUGUUAAUGAGAUAUUGCAGUGUUAUAUUAGUAGACUAGCUCAAGUUGUUCUUACUGAGGAAUCAGUUGAUCUCUUACAUACAGAGGGAUUGAUAUCUAAGGAUACCUUAACAAAAGUGAAGAGUUGCGGUUGUUCAUUGGUGGGAGAUCCAAUGUUACUAAUAUUAAGUGCUGUAGCUGAAGAUCAUAGCAAGUUAUGUACUCUGACAAGCAUUCUAAUAAAAUCAAAGGAAGCAGUGUCUUUAGCUAGUGAUAUAAUAAUGGAAUAUGGAAAGUCAUUUCCUUCAGCAGUAACAGUGAUGCCAUCUUGUCAAGAAGCAAGUACUUCAACAUCUUCAAGAUCUGGACAAUUACAAGAUAGUAGUAGUGAGACUCAAGUAACUACCAAUACUGAUGCUACUGCACAAUGUGUAGUAGAGGUCAUAGUUCAUCCUGGCUAUGAAGCUGAGUUUGAUAGAAUGGAACAUAAGCUUGGUACACUUAUUCACAAUAUUGUUCCUCUUAUUGAAGCAGCCAUACCCUCUGUCAAUGAUUUGAAGACCUACAUUCGAAGGUGUCAUCGAGAUUUAAAGCCUCGAUUGAAAGAUGCCAACAGCUUUGAUGAUGUUAUGGAAGUGAUUGAGGAUGAGU